GCCUUAUUGUGAAAGACAAACACAUGUUUUGAAUGUAUAUCGAUUUGAUUGUUAUAAGAUUUGGUAUUUUAGAUAUAUAAUAGUAUUAAAUAUUGGUGUUUAGUUUUAAGUAGUGAUUGCAUUUAUUUCUCGGUCAAACCGUUUUGAUAGUUUUCAAUUGAAACUCAAUAGCUAUAUGUUUUAGGGAUCAGUGAUUUGUAGCUCACAUUUUGGACAUCAAUUAUGAUUAAAUUAUUUUCGUUGAAAUCACAACAAAACCAGACGGACGGACAGUCGGGACAAACCCCCAGAAAAGGCAAUACCGCCGCAGAGCGUCGUCUCACUAAAGACAUUAAUGAGUUAACGCUUCCCAAGAACUGUGCGAUGAUUGUCGACCCGGAGGGCGAUCUGAUGAACUUCAAGAUUACCAUCUGUCCCGACGAGGGCUACUAUAAGGGCGGAAAGUUCUCGUUUAGUUUGAAAAUACCGCAAAACUAUCCGUACGGACCGCCAAAAGUGAAGUGCGAGACCCGUGUCUAUCACCCGAACAUUGAUCUCGAGGGCAACGUUUGUCUCAACAUUUUGCGCGAAGACUGGAAGCCGGUGCUGACCAUCAACUCAAUUGUCUAUGGCUUACAGUAUCUGUUUCUUGAGCCCAAUCCGGAGGACCCCCUAAACGCAGAGGCGGCGGAAGCGCUGCAAACCAAUAGACGUCUAUUCGAGUCUAUUGUGCGCAAAGCUAUGGCCGGCGGACAGAUUGCCAACACUUACUUCGACCGAUGUUUGAGAUGAUAACAACAAUACAUUUAUUUUAUGUUUUUGUCAACAAAAAGUUAAACGAUUUACCGAUUAUUUCAUUGAAUAUUAUUAUAUAAAUUAAUGGCU